GAAGAAGAAAGAACAAAAACCAAAAACUACGAAUGAAAAGUGAUUUCGGAGAGAAAAAUUGAAGCCUUUUCAUGUGAUUUUGUGGAUUUGUGUUUGUGAAAAAUUCAUUGUAGACUGUGUUUGUUUAGUAUUUUUGGAGCAAAGUUCCCAAAAAAACGUACCGCUUGGUAGUAAUAUGAGUAAUGUUACCAACCAAAAUGGAACAGGUCUAGAGCAGCAGCUUGCUGGUCUGGACUUGCAGCCUCAGGCUCCUAAGAGUGCUGGCCGCUACAUACCCCCGCAUCUGCGAAGGCAGUUGCAGGCCAACAACACUCAAGGGGAAGAGUCUAAGCGUCAGAGCUUAGACAGCCGUUCUAACGACCCACCGGCGGAGAACCGUUCAUCAUUCGGAAGCAACUCUAGAGGAUACGACCGUGGUGGUCGGCGCGACGACCGCGAGCGUGACCGCGACCGUGAUUACGAUCGCGGCUACGAUUCGCGAUACCCGCGCAGGGACCGCGGUCGUGAGCCAGGAUACCAGAAUGGCGAUUCAGAUCGCUGGGCGGAGCCGGAGCGUUCUGACCGGUCGGAACGUUCUGACCGGGGCUCCAGCGGACGCAGCCGCGACUUCCGCGACGUGCGCCGCGACGAGGAGUACAGCGAGCCGCCGCCGCCGCGCAACGACCGGUGGAAGGAGCCCGAGCCGCGCGCAGAAGAGCGCAGCAACACCCGCUGGGCCACAGACGACGUCCGCCGCACUAGCUCUCGCAGGGACGAGGUUAGUGAUAGUAAUGACUGGACGGUCCCGCUACCUCGCGACGAGCGGCAGGAGUUGGAGCUGUUUGGCACGGGCAACACGGGCAUCAACUUCUCAAAAUACGAGGAUAUACCGGUUGAGGCCAGCGGCGAGCGCGUACCGGACUAUAUUACAAGCUUCGAGGAGGUUAACCUGACGGAAAUAACUCGUUCGAACAUAGCACUCGCGCGCUAUGACAAGCCCACGCCGGUGCAGAAGUACGCGAUCCCGAUCGUUCUCGCGCACCGUGACGUCAUGGCGUGCGCGCAGACCGGCUCCGGCAAGACGGCCGCCUUCCUCGUGCCCAUACUCAACCAGAUAUACGAGGCGGGGCCCGUCAAGCACAUGGGGCCAUUUAACAGACGUAAACAGUACCCUCUGGGGUUGGUGCUGGCGCCGACGCGCGAGCUCGCCACCCAGAUUUAUGACGAGGCUAGAAAGUUCGCCUACCGCUCUCGUGUGCGGCCUUGCGUCGUAUACGGCGGCUCCCCGAUCCACGAGCAGCUACGCGAGCUAGAACGUGGUUGCCAUUUGCUGGUGGCCACGCCAGGCCGCCUGGUCGACAUGCUGGUCCGCGGCCGCGUGGCGCUCGACCACUGCCGCCAUCUGGUGUUAGACGAAGCAGACCGCAUGUUGGACAUGGGCUUCGAGCCGCAGAUCCGCAAGAUCGUGGAAUGCCACACCAUGCCGAAGACUGGAGAGCGCCAGACACUCAUGUUCUCGGCGACUUUCCCGAAGCAGAUCCAAGUGUUGGCGCAAGAUUUCCUGCACAACUACGUGUUUUUGGCCGUCGGCCGCGUUGGGUCCACGUCGGAGAACAUUACCCAGAAGGUGGUUUGGGUGGAAGAAAUGGACAAGCGUUCAUUCCUAUUGGAUCUGCUGAAUGCCUCCAAUCUGCUCCAGCGCUCGCGUCCCGAAGAGGACCAACUCAUCCUCGUAUUCGUCGAGACUAAAAAAGGCGCGGACCAAUUGGAGGAGUACCUGGACACGCAGGGCUACCCGGUGACGUCGAUCCACGGCGACCGCUCGCAGCGCGAGCGCGAGGAGGCGCUGCGCCGCUUCCGCACCGGCCAGACGCCCAUACUCGUAGCCACGGCCGUCGCCGCCAGAGGGUUGGACAUCCCUCACGUGCGCCACGUGAUCAACUUCGACCUGCCGUCGGACGUGGAGGAAUACGUGCACCGCAUCGGUCGUACCGGCCGCAUGGGCAACCUGGGCGUGGCCACCUCCUUCUUCAACGACACCAACCGCGGCCUGGCGCGCGACCUGGUGGAACUGCUGGUGGAGGCCAAGCAGGACGUGCCCAAUUGGCUGACCAGCACAGCCGCCGACGGGCGCCUGGGCGGCGGCGGUCGGCGCGCCGGCGGCUCCCGCUCCGGCGGCGGGCGCUUCGGCGGCGCCGGCUUCGGCGCAAGGGACUUCCGUACCCAGCCGCGCCAGCCGCCGCGCUCCGCCGGGCCCUCUACUAUGGGAGGCUCAGGAUUCGGCGGCUACAGCGGCGGCGGGUCGUACGGCGGCAGCUACGGCGGCUCGUACGGCGGCGGCGGCGGCGGCGGCAGCGGCGGGCCCGACUGGUGGGACUCGUAAGCGCCGCCUCACCGCGCCAUCCUCUCGGGACAUCGACACGACUCACCCCUCUCUUUAUUAUGCCUGGUUUAGACACAGCGAUAACCGCGCGGUUGCCGCCUCAGCCAAUGAGAAUCACCCAAAAACCGCGCCGUUAUCGCGCGUGUCUGAACUACGCCUUACUUACUCCACCCGCGUCCAUGUCGCCCGCCCCCUAGGCUGUAUGAAAUUUUUGUCAAUAUCAACAAUUUACUAAUAAACACCCAUACGACCGUACCGUGUAAUGUUUCAGUGUGUGAUCUAUUGUUGCACCACUUUCGCAUUAAGUAUAUUUAGUCUUAUAUCGUAUUUUAUAGUUUCGUUUUUUAUUUAUAGAUCUAUAUGGCGAGGUGCCAAUGUUAUAAACGUCCAAGGCUAAAGUCUCACUGUGGUCGAGGGAGUAUGCAAUAACCCGUCGCAUCCCAGUGAUAACGUAAUGCGGUAACUUACUGCGGGUCCCCAAUCGUGUCGAUGUCCCGAAGGCCGAGGUCCGCUGACGAUUCAAGACACGGGCGGGUCUCCUCCGUACCGGCCGCGUGAUAUUGCACUCUAGCAAUUUUAACUCAUGAUCGCAAUUUUAAUAGAAAUAUUAUAUUUUAAAUGGAUUUUUAAAUAGCACGCAAUAACCUAUUUUAUGAAUUCCAAGUAAAUAGUGUUACGAUGUGAACCGAUAUGCUUUACUUCUAUUUUUAUAUUUUAUACACGAGAGGUCGGGGCCGGUACGGUCCAUAUGAGUCGUGGCGUUGCCCAUCACUAUCUAUCUAUACCUACGAUACUGUAUGAUGCCAAAGCUUGUCAUCUUGUCGUCACAAAAUGCGAAAUUACAAUGAUGAUUAUGGUCUCGGUUCCCACGUUUCCUUACCGACUAGUGUACUGUAGCAGCUUCUGUACGAGGAUAGCGUUAAGUGGCCAUGGCGUCGCGCCGUGGCGAGGGAGGGGUGUUAGAUUAAUUUUCUCUUAUCGGUUUACCGAGAGUCGGACUGAAAUUGCCCCGUGAUUACUGAUAGUGUUUGUACUAGAGAGCGGUGCGACUGAGCGCGCUGGCCCGCCGCGCUGAAUCUCUACGAUUAGCAUAAAUUAUGACAAUCACGAAUCAUUUGUGUCAUGUCUCUCGUGACCCGCACGCGUUUAUGAUUUGAAUAACGAUUAUGUGAGUAGUCGACUAUUAAUAUAGAAAUAUUUUUGAUGUUCGAUCUGUAUCGUGAAUUCCUAAUGAAUGAUGUCAUUGUGUAUUUUCUAUUUUCUGACGGUCUCAUCGCUGAACUUCACUCCUGACACCGGAAUUUUGAAGCAUUUAUGCACUUAAAAUCGAUGUAGCUAUUGAUGCAGUAGAUUUAGAAAUUGAAAAGUACCGAUACAGUAUCAUAGAGAAUAAUUACUAAAUUUUGUCUGUAGAAAUCCAUAUUGUAACAUCUGUCAUCGACGUGGUCUAUAAUUUGAAUGUGAAUUUACCAAUAAAAAUUAAGAAACACUAUA